AUGCUGGGAGAUUCCAUGCUUGUUAUGAAGCAGAUUGCUGGAGAAUGCAAGUGUUUGAAUCCUUCCUUAACUGUUUAUUUGGUGGCAACCAGAAAUCUCCUUGCAGAAUUUAGGGAAGCCACUUGGGAACAUAUUCCAAGGGAAGAGAAUUUUACAGCCAAUGAAAUGGUUCAGAUAGCCACAAGAGUGCAAAUACCUGAAGACUGCGUACAUAGAAUCAUCAAAGUGAGGAAGAAGAGUUUACCAUCUAUUCUGACAAGGGGAAUGGAGAUAGAUGUCAAUUCUGCCAUAAUGACUGAAGAGGAUUGGAGAUUGCCUAUAAUUAGUUAUUUGCAGUAUCCAACCCUUCCUUCUGAGAAGAAGAUAAGAAUCAUGGCUUUGAACUAUCUCAUGUGGAAUGGAGAUUUGGUCCGAAAGAGCAAGGAUGAGCUACUCUCGAGGUGCUUGGGUAAGGAAAAAUACAUGAAAGUCAUGGGAGAAGUUCACGAGGGAAUCUGUGGAGCUCAUCAAAACAGAAGAAAAAUGUGUUGGCUGAUCAGAAGGUACGGUUUUCUUUGGCCUACCAUGAUGAAAGACUGCAUAGAAUAUUCCAAAGGAUGUGAAGCUUGCCGGAAACAUGGACCAAUCCAACAAGCUCCCUCAGUUCCUAUGAAUCCAGUCGUUAAGUCAUGGUCAUUCAUGGGAUGA